CUGGCCUUCUGGCUGGACAGCUACGACGAGGAACCCGACGGCAAGGACAUGCGCACCGUUCUCCAUUUCCACCGUGCCCUCGCUCCUGUGACCGUCGCCGUGCUUCCCCUCAGCCGCAACGCCCGUCUCGCUCCUACCGCCCGCAGCGUCUAUGACCUGGUCCGCCGCCGCUUCCGCGCCCAGUUCGACGACGCCCAGAGCAUCGGCCGCCGCUACCGUCGCCAGGACGAGAUCGGCACGCCAUAUUGCGUCACCGUCGAUUUCGACACCCUCGACGACCACGCCGUCACCAUCCGCGACCGCGACACCAUGACCCAGCAGCGCAUCCCGUCGCCCGCCUCCUCGACGUCCUGCAGGACCGCUACGACCACGGCUGGUAGGCGCGCUCGCGUGGUAGUCGAUCUUUCGGAUCCGCAUAACGACCAAAGUUUGCGGCCGAUUGAUGCUUGA